AUGGCUAAAGAAAAGUCUCGUUUAAAUGAUGCAGACAUCGAUAGCAUCACUACUAUGAUAGAAGCUCUUACAAUAAAUUGGGUUAAACAAGAAAGCAUCAAUGAUAGUAAAAUAGAGAAAAUUGAAACAGAUAUUAAGGAGUUGAUGAAGGUAGUUAAAGAACUUAUCAGUAACAACUUAUCCUUUGGACGAUCUCAGUCAAGAAGUGCAAGUUUUACUAGGCCACAAAGAAACCUUGAUAAUCAUCAGUAUUUUAAUUGUCAACAAGAAGGUUAUAUCUCAUGUAACUGUCCAAAUCAGAUAGCACAGGACCCGCCUGACCAAAGAAAUGAACAAAGAGAUAUAAAAACUGAAAAUGUUGAGGUUCUGGAAGCAAACAUCCGGUAUUUCGAAAUAACAACAGGGUCAAGUAAUUUUGAAAUUGAAUGCUUAAAGGUUGAAAUAGUAAAAGGAGAACCCAUAUUCGAUAUAAAAAAUUGGGAACUCAGAAAAAAAAAAUGUGUUGAUGAAGAAGAGACUAUUAGUUACAAAAAUAGAAAGAAAAAAGAGAAAGUUGAUGAAAAUAAAAAUAUUUCGGUAGAAUCAUGA